AUGGAUGUCUACAUCAAAUUGAAAAUUCUGAAGCUGACCGUAUUACAGGCCGACGCCAGCAACCAGAUCCUCGAGGGCCCCCGGGAUGCCACGGUGCUGGCGGGCUCCGAGGCCCGCUUCAACUGCACCGUGUCGCCGGGCUGGCAGCUCCUCAUGUGGACGCUGAACGGAGUGGUGGUGCUGAGCCUCACGCCCAGCGAGGUCAUCGUCACCAACGAGCGCUUCACCGAGCAGAGCUACCCCGUGGGCGCAGGCGGCGGCAACAUCUCGGAGCUGACCAUCCACUCGGUGCAGCUGGGCGACGCGGGCCAGGUCAGCUGCAGCCUCCAGGGCAACGGCCAGAGCAGCACGGCCGUCCUCUCCGUCCAAGCUGUGGGGACACUGUCCAUCCCCAAGACCGGACCUGUGCUCAGGAACCAGCCUUGCAAUGUCACCUGCAACGCCUCGGGCUGGACCCCACUGCCAGAACUCUCCUGGGAGCUGGAGAUCCCGGCGGUCAACUCAAGCUACAGCAACGUCCUGGAGCCUAACAACCCCAACAGCACGUCCAGUGUGCUGACGCUCGUGCCCCAGGACAGCGGGCCCGUGACGUGUGUGGCACGCAUGAGGGGGCUGUCUGAGCCCAGGUCGGUCACCGCCAACCUCACGGUGGUCUCUUCCCUGGGUGGCAGCGGGCCGGGUCCGGCCUUGCCCACCUGGGCCAUCGUGCUCCUGGCCGUCUCGCUUACGCUGCUGUUGAUCCUGAUUAUCACCCUGGUGGUGAUAUUCUGCUGCUACUACCCCCGGAGGCGCGAGAAGAAAGCAUGGAGUUACCAGAGUGAAGUAAGGAAACCUGCGGACGUGAAACCAAGUUCAACCUCGGAUGUCAAGACCAGAGGCGGAGAGGAGAACUCGGGCUACAUCUCUGACGAGCGGCAGACCCACAGCGAGAGGGCGGGCGGGCAGAGGCAAGACCCACCCAGGCGGCACAGCAGAGAAGAGAUCACUGCUGCUCUCCCUGUCAAGUCCAGUGAACCCAGUGUUACGGAAGACAAAAGCAGCACACAGCCUCAGCAGGUGUCCGGACACCACCAGACGCGCCCAGGAAGCAGGACCCGUGUUUCCUUUGCGGUGGCAAGUCCUCGGACCGUCAGGAAUGCGACCUUGGUGUAGUGCUCUCC